CCGCCAGCAGCUUUUGGUGCUUGUGGGAUGUAUGGAAAUUUUCCAGGAAGCGAUGCGAGCGAAUAUAGGCCAAAGGACAAACGACGCCGGUGCAGAACUGUUUUCACACAAGAUCAGUUYGCAAUAUUGGAAUCAGGAUUCCAGCAACAACACUAUCCAGACAGCAAGCUGCGUCAGUCAAUUGCAAUCAAAAGCGGAUUACCAGAAGAUCGAGUUCAAGUUUGGUUUCAAAAUAGACGCGCAAAAGAAAAACGGCUGAUGGAAGAGAAAAUGCAGUUCAACUCAAACAGAGCUGCGCAGAACACGGAUGGCAAAGAUUACGGCAAAGUUGAAUUGCCAUCAGGUAGCAACCCAGAGACAGUAGCAGCGGUACAAACCAUCAUCAACUCAGAAACAACCGCACUACAAGAUGACAACCUCACACAGGUGGAAGACGCUGAGGUUYUGACUUUAACAACACAUGGCGUGGAGUGUACUGAUGGAAAUGAGCACACGCAGACCACGGAAUUCGAACAAGAAKCAUCAAGCCAACAAGAUGCAUUAAUCAUUGAGAAUCUUCAAGGAAACAACAGCCAAGAACAAUGUUCCCCAUCGUACCUCCCUGCAUACAUUUAUGAAACUUAUUCUUUAGAGUCUAAUCUGGAGUCUGGUAUCGAAUCUCCGGUGAGAUGUCACCUGGUUGCCGCGACAGAUGAACAUGAGGGCUUGGCAGAGCUCGUUGUCAUGGACACUGGAAUCCAAACAAGUGCCCCGGAAGAACGGUUAAUUGCAGAUUUGUAG